AUGGCGCUCCGAGGAGCGGCCGAGGCGGGCACGGCCCAGAAGGUGCUCGCGGCCACACGGUGUGCAGCAGCCCCUCAGCAGUUCCCCCCUCCACCCCAGCCCAAGCUGAGCCAGGGCCCCAGGGCCCCUGGGCAGGGAAGACAGACGUUUGGUAAAGCCAACAGGGCAUAGCGUCAUGGGGUAGCAGUGUUUUUAGCAAUAACCAUGUGCACCAGUUUGUUCUUCGUGUACAACGCCAGCUUCAGCAGCAACAGCAACACUUCAAGAGGCUCGAACGAUGCGUCGAGUCGUAAGAGUGAGCUGUCCCCCAGUACACCUGUCAAGGCGCACAAAUCUCCCCCCUCAGUCUUGCAAGGAUACAACAGCAUCAUUGACCACAAGCCGCUCAAGAUGCACUGCAACAGCUGCGCGCUGGUCACCAGCUCGGGCCACCUGACGGGCGGCGGGCGCGGCGCCGACAUCGACGCGGCCGAGUGCGUCAUCCGCAUGAACGACGCGCCGGCCGGCGGCGCCUUCGGCCCGGACGUGGGCCGGCGCACCAGCCUGCGCGUGGUGGCGCACUCCAGCAUGCAGCGCGUGCUCCGCGGCCGCCACCAGCUGCUCAACGCCAGCCAGGACGCCGUCUUCAUCUUCUGGGGGCCCAGCAGCUACAUGCGGCGCGACGGCAAGGGCCUCGUCUACAACAACCUGCGCCUCAUGAACCAGGUGCUGCCCAAGCUCAAGGUCUACAUCAUCUCCUGGCAGAAGAUGCUGCAGUUCGACGAGCUCUUCAAGAAGGAGACGGGCAAGGACAGGCGGAUUUCGAACUCGUGGCUGAGCACUGGCUGGUUCACCAUGACCAUAGCUCUGGAGCUGUGUGACAGAAUCAAUGUUUAUGGAAUGGUGCCUCCAGACUUCUGCAGAGAGGCGGAGCAUCCCUCGGUGCCCUACCACUACUACGAGCCCCUGGGGCCAGACGAGUGCGCCAUGUACAUCUCCCACGAGCGCGGCCGCCGCGGCAGCCACCACCGCUUCAUCACCGAGAAGCGCGUGUUCGCCAAGUGGGCCCAGACCUUCGACAUCCACUUCUACCAGCCCGACUGGAGCCCUCCGCCCCUGCCCCAGAACCAGAACCAGACAGCGCCGGACACGCCGGCCACUCCCACCGUCCUCUCUGGAGCCCAGGAGACGUGA